GGGAGAACUGAAAGUUGAACAAGCUAAAGCCCUGCGCUUCCUUCCUCCGCCUGCCCGUCCCCGUCAGCCGCGGGCUCCUGCGGAGUCUUUAAAAAAAAUCACACUGAACUGAAGAAACUUGAAAAGGUGUUGUAAGGAAACGGAUAUUUUCUGCUGGCUGGUGGACACCAAAUUUGAGAGAGUUUUCUUGCUAGUGAACAUGCAUGCAACCUGACUAUUUCUACAUGACUUUGUGGGGCAAUAUAUGGAAUUAAGUCAUGUCAUCUACAGGCAAUGGCACUGAUAUUGAAGAAUUUUUGGUCAACAUUAACCUUGCACUGUAUCUUCCUAACUUUAAAAAGCAUGGCUAUAACACUGUGAUGGAUUGUGUGGGAAUAAAUAAUAGUGUGCUUCAGCAGAUGGGAGUGUUGCCUACAGGGCAUCGCAGAAGGAUUCUUAAACAGUUAGACAGUCUUUUGGGAAUUCCAGGAAAUUCUCUUUUCUGUGAAAAUCUAAAAUUCAAAGACUUGAAAGGUUUAGAAGAAAAGCAAUAUUCAUCCUCAGAUCAGGAAUCUCCUGUAAGCAAUUCAAGUGUAGAUGGAACUGGCUUGAUACCUGCAACAUCAUCAGAACAACUUCUUAAAAAAUCUUACGUCAAUAAAGAAAAGUUUGAGCUUGCAGAGCAAAACUCAAUGGAGGCAAAUGAAGAUGGCUUCACAAAUUUGGAUUUUUCCAGUUUAUACCAGAAUUCAGACAGCAUACUAGAAGCUGUCAGUCAGAGUAGAAAUAUCAAGACGAAUACUCAGCCAGAUGCAUCGCUGACAGAAGCUGCUGCAUACCAAGCUGAUGAGCACUUGACUGGCCCUUUGGUGUUCCGUGAUCCUCCUUCAUUUGUUCGUUCGUGCGAGACAAAAUGCAAAGAAAACAAACAGCAGAGGUUUGCAGAUGAGGGUGAUCUAUCUAAUAAUAAACCAGAUUCUCCAUUCUAUAAGUUUAAAGGAGAAAUGAUAGUCAAUGACUUGUAUGAUUCCUGUACACUGAACUGCAUGAAAGUAUUUCCAAGAGCAAGCCGCUCUUUUAUCUUAAGGCAUCGACCUGUACCAGAAAUACCAGAAUCAAGUAAAGUUCAAACUUCAUCAAGUUCCCUUCAGAGAAGAAGAAAUAUGGACCUUGUAAAUAUUUCUUGCACUGGGAGGCAAAUUUCACAAAACAAUAAUUUCAUGGAAGAAAAGCCACCUCUUAUCUCUCCAUAUGGGGAAACCUUUAUUUGUGACAACACUAAAGAUGCUAAAGAACUUCAUGGAAAUGAAUUCCUGGCUUGUGAAAAUAAAUUUGAUCUAGGAAUGAAUGAAGAAUAUUCUUCCAAGAAUCUAUGUUACUUUAAUAAUCAGAAAGACAAGACAAAAGAAUUUUCAAAAAAUGAAUCCUUGUCUCAGGAAGACCCAUCAUUAACACCAGAAGAAUCUGAAAGUGAAUCUGUAUAUUCUGUUGUGGAACAACAUUCUUUGUCUUUAAAGAAAAAGAAAACCAAAACACACUCAGCAUCUUGCAGUGUGAUACAGAUUGGAGAUUCUGAUCGCUUGGCCAGUGAACAAAUGAACUCUUGUCAAUUUGGUGGAGAUCAAACUUUGAUUGGAAAUGAAUCAAUAGCACCAUAUGCUUGCUUUUAUGGACCAUCAGUAAAGAAGGUUAAAGCAGGAUGGCUGGAUAAAUUGUCCCCUCAAGGCAAGUGUGUGUUUCAGAAGCGUUGGGUGAAAUUUGAUGGAGACAGCAUUUCUUAUUACAACAAUGAAAAGGAAGUGUUCUCAAAAGGAAUAAUACUGCUCUCUGCAAUAGCAACAGUAAGAGUUCAUGGGGACAAUAAGUUUGAAGUUGUCACAUCCCAUAGGACUUUUGUUUUCCGUGUGGAUAAAGAAGAAGAAAGAAAUGACUGGGUUAAUACAAUGCUCAAUGCCUUGAAAUUGCAGUCUGAUAAUAAGUCUCAAUCUCGAACUUCUUCCACCCCUGAGAAAAGCGGAUAUCUUGAGCUGAAAGGAUACAAAACCAAAGUCUUUAUUCUACUUCAGGGGAGUACUGUAUGGAUCUGCAAAAAUGAGCAGGACUUUAAGACAGGAUUUGGUAUCACUUUAAUCCCUAUGAAUGUGGCAAAUGUAAAACAGGUGGAUCGAGCGGCAAAGCAAUCUUUUGAAAUAAUUACUCCUUAUAAAAGCUUUAGCUUUACAGCAGAGUCAGAAAGAGAGAAACAAGACUGGAUUGAAGCACUCCAGCAAUCAAUAGCAGAAACUCUAUCUGAUUAUGAAGUAGCUGAGAAGAUUUGGUUCAAUGAGUCCAACAGGAGCUGCGCUGACUGUAAAGCUCCUGGUCCUGACUGGGCAUCCAUCAAUCUCUGUGUUGUCAUUUGUAAGAAGUGUGCAGGACAACACAGAUCUUUAGGACCAAGAGAUUCAAAAGUCCGGAGUCUAAAAAUGGAUGCCAGCAUUUGGAGCAAUGAACUUAUUGAGCUCUUUAUCGUCAUUGGAAAUAAGAGGGCAAACAGUUUUUGGGCUGGAAAUCUUUCUCCAGAUGAAGAAUUGCAUAUUGAUGACCCUGCAGAAAAAAGGAUAGCAUUCAUUACACAAAAAUACAAGGAGGGAAAAUUCAGGAAAACACCUUUUCACUACAAAACCAAGGAACAGUUGAAUAAGGCCCUGUGUGCUGCUGUAGUCAAGCAAGAUGUGCUGGAAACUCUGAUGUUGCUCUUCAGUGGGGCUGAUGCUAUGUGUGCCACUGGAGACCCUGUUUACAGCACCCCAUACUUACUAGCCAAGAAAGCUGGGCAAAGGCUGCAAAUGGAAUUCCUGUACCAUAACAAGUUCUCAGAUUUCCCAAACUAUGAUCCUUGUUUUGGAAGUGGCUUCUCUGAAGAUUCUUCACAUUCCACCUUUCUUUGUGAAUUUUUGUACAAAGUUUCUUCUAAUGCAGCUAAGCUUCCUACAGAGAAGAAAUUAAAAGAAGACUGCAACAAAAGAUGGUGCACUUUGGAAAGUGGCUUUCUGAGCUACUAUGAAAAUGAUAAAACUACCACUCCUAAUGGUAUGAUUGACAUUAAUGAAGUUAUCUGUCUUGUAGUACACAAGUCAGACUUCUUCUUAAAUAGAGGGGACAUCUUUACAUUUGAAAUAUACUUAAUGUCAGAACGUGUUUUUCUAUUUGGAGCUGAAACGGCAUAUUCACAAAGAAAAUGGACUUCAGCAAUAGCUAAGCAUUUUGUUCCCCCGGUGGCUGAAUCACUGUUAGAGCGAGACUGUGACCUUAUUGGGCAGCUGUACUACAAAGAUUGCCAUAACUUGGAUCAGUGGAAAAAAGGCUGGUUUGCUAUAGAGAAGUCAAGCCUUUACUUUUGUCUUGAAAUGGAGGAUGUUGAAGAAGAUUCCAUAUAUCUAAGGAGGCUGCAAGAACUAACAACCAGUAGUGUGAUGCAAAAUGGAGAGAGAAUAGAUGUCCUGCUGCUUGUUGAAAAAGGAAGAACGCUAUACAUCCAUGGCCACACAAAGCUGGAUUUCAUGGUCUGGUAUACUGCAAUUGAAAAAGCAGCAGGUACAGAUGGUAAUGCAUUACAAGAUCAGCAGCUCAGCAAAAAUGAUGUUCCUAUUAUAGUGAACAGCUGCAUAGCGUUUGUUACACAGUAUGGUUUAGGUAGCAAGCAAAUCUAUCUUAAGAAUGGUGAUUCUUCCAAUGCGGCUGAACUGCUGGAAAGCUUCAAAAAAGAUGCACGAAGUGUUAAACUAAGAGCAGGAAAACAUCAACUUGAAGAUGUGACUGAUGUACUGAAAAGUUUUCUUUCUCAAAUAGAUGAUGCACUUCUUACUAAAGAACUUUAUCCAUUCUGGAUCUCUGCAUUAGAUACGCAGAAUGAAAAGGAGCGCGUGAGGAAGUACAGAGCUUUUAUUCGGAGUCUUCCACCAGUCAAUAGAGCAACUUUGGCUGCUUUAAUUGAACAUCUAUACAGGGUGCAGAAGUGUUCUGAAAUUAAUCAAAUGAACCCUCACAAUUUAGCCGUGGUGUUUUCCUCAUGCUUAUUUCAAACUCAAGGCCAAACUAGUGAAGAAAUCAAUGUAAUUGAAGAUCUAAUUAAAAAUUAUGUGCAACUUUUUCAUAUAAAUGAAGACCAAGUCAAACAAAUGGACAUAGAGAACAGUUUUAUUACAAAGUGGAAAGACACUCAGGUUUCCCAGGCUGGAGAUUUGCUUAUUGAAGUUUAUGUGGAAAGAAAAGAGCCAGACUGUAGUAUUAUAAUCAGGGUAUCACCUUUGAUGGAAGCAGAGGAAUUAACUAAUGAUGUUUUAGGAAUCAAAAACAUUAUUCCCAGCAAAGAUGAUGUCUGGACUGCUUUUGAAGUACUUGAAAAUGGAGAAUUAGAACGUCCUCUGCAUUAUACAGAGAAUGUACUAGAACAAGUUCUUCACUGGAGUUCACUACCAGAGCCUGGCACUGCAUAUCUAAUAAUAAAGAGAUUUCUAACAGCAGACAUGGUGAAUCUCUACAGUGAGAAAAAUGAGAAAGGUAGUGUGAAAGCAGGCAAUCUGAAGUACAAGGAAGAACCAUCAAAACUACUGUCUGGAAACAAAUUUCAGGACCGUUAUUUUGUGUUACGGGAAGGAAACUUGCUUCUGUAUAAGGAUAUGAAGGCUAACAAACCUGAAAAAGUGUUGCCUGUCAAUUCUCUGAAGCUUUAUCUUGGAGUGAAAAAGAAAAUGAAGCCACCAACAAACUGGGGACUUGCAGUAUUUUCUGAAAAACACCAGUGGUAUAUAUGUUGUGAUGGACAAGAUGUGCAGAUGGAGUGGAUGAUCAGCAUUUUUAUGGCACAGCAUGCAGAUAUAUGGCCACCUGUUGGAAAAGCAAGAAAACAGUCCAUAACUAAAAGUCCAAAGAUUAGAGGCUUACCACUAAUUCCCAUUCAUCAGGAGAAGAAUACUUACAAAAUCAGAGGGAAUACAGAAAAUAUAGUACUACAGACUGGAAAAUCAAGAUUUGCUGAACAUCAUGAUAAUGAACUUCUGGAAGAAAGAAAAAACUUGAAAGAAAAAGCAUCUAUUGUGGCACAAUGUUUGGAAAGAAAGGAGGAGAAAGUCCGAAAUCAUGCAAAAAAACAUCGAAACUUGAUUUCUGAGGAUGAUGCAGGCUCAGGAAGGACUGAAUUACAUCAAAAAUCACAUAAGACACUGAAGAAAAACAAAAGCAAAACAAGCAAAACUACUUUGGAACUAGAUAGUAAAUUGCCAUCACAUGUGAUCCAGGAACUUAAUAUAGUGCUGCAGAAGAACAGAGCACUUCAUGAAACCUCCAGCUGAUUUCCUG